CUGACCUUAACUGAUCAAAAAAUCACACUGUCAAGUGUCAAUGUCAUAUUUGUUUCUUCAAGCAUGCGCUGAUCUGUGAAUACAAAAUUAUACAAUUUAAAUUAAAGCAUACCUUGUUAUCUAAAAUAGCGAUCCAUCACCCAGAAAAUAAUUUCGCAGAUGACAAAUCUGCUAGAUUUAAAAUUCCUGUGUCGGGUCCAAAAGAUAAAGGAACAUACAGUUUUUGGGCUGAAGAGAUCAAUAACGAAUGGAAACUAACUCGUGCUGAACUUGAAUUGAAAUCAAAACCAGAUGCUAAGUUGGUGAUAUUGAAAUAAGUAAAUGUGGUUAGAUUUUCCAGACUUCUAAUAAGGAAAAACAUAAUGUUGAAGCAUUUUGUUGGGACAGCGAAAGAGCAGUUUUUUUAUCACAAUACUUUACUUUGCCUGGUAAAAGCUCUCGAAGGGCAAAAUAUAACAGUAGAUUUGCGACAUGACAGCCAUGUCUGUGGAGAGGUCAUCUUAGUUGAUGGGUACAUGAACAUUUCUUUUGGAACAGCAGUUUUCGUUGACGCAAAAGGCAAUGAGUUCGCCUACGAGAAUCUGUUCAUACAGGGACGCAACAUCAGAUACGUCCACAUUCCCGAAAAUAUGGCGGCAAGGGAUACUAUUAAAACGGAAUUAUUAAAAGUAGCCCUAAAACCUAGAAAUCAAAAUGAGCAAGUACGAAAAUCUAUUAAAGCCAAGAAAGCGCUCAAGCUUCACAUGGAAACCGUGGCCAGACUGCAAGACACUAAGGACUGCUGAUCAGUCAUCUUUAGAUAGGCUCAUCUUUUGUAUUUAUCUCACUAACUACUUGUACAUAACUUUCUCAUUGCCACCAUACUCACAUCAUUGUUUUUAUGAAAGAAAUAAAAAAGUGACAAAGUA